AUGAUUGGAUUUGGUUUAAAAGUGCGAACUGGCAUUAACAUAUUGUGCACUUCUGUCACCGAAUUGAAUGAUUUUAAAAUCACAGAUAGUGAAUGGCAAAUACUCGAAAAAAUACAUAAGUUUCUAAUAAACUUUAAACUUCUAUCAACGAAACUUGGUGGAGAAAAAUAUGUUACAUUACCGCUAGUCAUUGUAUCAUUCAAUCUCUUGCUCGAUAAAAUUGAAUUCAUAGUAAAACAAUUAGAUGAGAAACCUAAUCGAUCCGAAGUGGAUGAAAGGCUCAUUCUGGGUUUUCAAGCAGCUCGAGACAAAAAGCUUAAACAUUAUAAAAAGAGCAACUGGAUAUAUUGUACCUCUUUAAUUUUAGACCCAAGGCAUAAGACUCAGAAUUUUGACGUGACAUUAUGGGGGAAGCAAAUUAAAACAGAAAGCCUGCGCAAAUUGAAUGAACUUUAUAAAGAAUAUAAAAGUCUACACUCAGUGAAUACAUCUCUAGAAUCACCAAGAAAUGAAAAGAAAGAAUGUGAAUAUGAUGAAGAUGAAGACGUAAUAGACUUUGAGAAAUUGUAUGUCCCUCGAAGUCAUCUGGAUUUGGAUCUUUUCAUCAAGGCUUAUUUAUAA